AUGUUUCGCACUCUUAGAAAACUGAUCAGGGGUCCUGUGCUAGCUCCUUCACCAGCCACAACACCCAAUCCUUCCCCAACACCAGCACCUACCCCAGCUCCUACACCGACUAAAGCUCCUGGAAUGACCCCAACUGCUGCAUCUACCACAGCUCCUGCACCAGCUCCAUUAACUCAGCCAAUUAAGGAUGAAAAGCCUGCAGUCAAACAAAUUGAAGCCGAGAAAGUAGAAGAAAGCCCUGCUCAAGCACCAACACCUGCACCUGCUGCUGAGCCAAAACCAGAAGACAAGCCUGUAAAAGAUCAGCCACCAGCUGAUAAACAAGAAGCACAGCCAUCUCUACCAUGUCCAGUUGUAAUAAACACAUACUCUGAUGCACAGCUUCGAAAAGUAAUCCACCAGAUGCGACAACGUACACAAAUGUUCAAAGAAAAAGUCAUAGACCCCUAUGCAUCCUCACCUGAGCACAGCCCUCCAGUCACACCUGUUUUGAGAAAAAAAGAUUUCAUAAAAAAGCAAGAGGAAGAGAGAAAAAGAAAAGAGGAGGAGGAGAGGACCAAAAAGGAGGAGGAGGCAAAGAAAGAAGCAGCAAAAGCCAAGGAAAAGAAAGAGAAGGAAGAAAGGAAAGAUGAUAAAAUAAAAGACGAGAAGAAAGAAGAGAUCAAAUGCACCUGCCUAGACUCAGUGCUGAAACCAAUUGAAGACAGAAUGGACAAUGUGUUGGGCACAUCCAUAGAUUCGUUCACAGAUCGGCGGUACAUCACUUGGCUUAGCCUGGUGACUAUUGCUUUCAGCUACAACCUUUGGUUCAUACCAGUCCGUAUGACGUUCCCCUAUCACACUCCUACCUCAAUCCCUCUGUGGUUUACUGGAGAUGUUCUAGCUGACCUCAUCUACAUCAUUGAUAUGAUCAUCUUCCAGCCAAGGCUGCAGUUCUGCAAGAGUGGAGAUAUCAUCUAUGACCGAGCUGUUAUUAAGAAGCAUUACAGAGCCUCCCCAAAAUUUCAGUAUGAUCUGAUAUCAGUCUUACCUCUGGACAUCUUGUAUAUUCCAUUUGGAUUCCAGUCCAUUUUCAGGAUUAAUCGCAUCAUGAGGUUUGAGGCUUUUUUUGAGUUCAGUGAUCGGCUUGAGGGUAUCAUGACAAAGGCAUACAUCUGGAGAGUAAUUCGCACCAUUGGGUAUCUACUGUUCGCGCUUCAUAUCAACUCGUGCUUUUACUAUGUGGCAUCUGCUUACCAAGGCAUUGGUUCAACAAAGUGGGUCUACAGUGGAGAAGGCAGUGCGUACUUGCGCUGUUACUAUUUUGCUGUGCGGACCCUGAUCAACAUUGGUGGACUACCUGAGCCUUACACUGUUUUUGAGAUCAUAUUUCAGUUGACAAACUUUUUUGUUGGUGUUUUUGUCUUCUCGAGUUUAAUUGGACAGAUGAGAGAUGUCAUUGGGGCUGCCACUGCUGGUCAGACAUACUUCCGUGCCUCUAUGGAUGUAUGUGUAUCGUAUAUGGUGACUAAUCGUAUUCCAAAGCUGGUACAACACAGAGUCCGUACAUGGUACAACUACACCUGGGACUCACAGGGCAUGCUGGACGAGUCAGAGUUGCUAGAACAAAUGCCACUGGUAAUGAGAACGGCCAUCGCUGUAGACAUCAACCUCACCACUUUCCAGAAGAUCGAUCUGUUUAAGGGAUGUGAUAACCAGAUGCUGGUGGACAUGUUGCUGAGGCUGAAGUCUAUAGUGUAUCUGCCAGGAGAUUAUGUGUGUAAGAAGGGUGACAUUGGUAAAGAGAUGUACAUCAUCAAAGCUGGAGAGGUGCAGGUUGUUGGUGGCCCUGACAACAAGAUUGUUUUUGUGACACUGAAGGCGGGCUGUGUGUUUGGUGAGAUCAGUCUUCUGCAAUCUUCAGCAAAUGGAGGCAACAGGAGAACUGCUAAUGUGGCAGCUCAUGGAUUCGCUAACCUUUUUGUGCUGGAUAAGAAAGACCUCAAUGACAUUCUAAUUCAUUACCCAGAUUCCCAGAAACUUUUGGCCAGGAAAGGAAGGAAAUUAAUGAAGGCCAAAGGUCCAGCUUCAGCUAAAGAAGAAGGGGAGAAAAAGAAAGGACUGGAGCUGUUUAGACCCAAACCUCCCACUCCUCAAAUGCUACGGGCUUUUGGAAGAUUCAACAAAAAAACAUUUAUGGAAAAACUUAAGCUUGGUGACUUGGAGCUCCAAGUAGGUAAAAUGCCCUUGCUGGUGUAG